CAGACCAUUGCCAGUUUAUUGCUCAGCUUUGAACGUCACCCAGAAUGGGUACGCUUUGGGCGGUCACCAGGCAUCUGGCCUUCUUGUGGCUAUCUCACCAUGCAGUGGCUCAACCAGGUCAACUUUCGACAAGACGGCCACGAAUGGCUCCGUCGAUCCGGCAGCACAGCUGUUCGCGAAGACCAUUACAAACUACGCAUAGAUGGACAAGAGCAACUCUAUGGAUGCUACUCGCACUCGGCUGUCCAGCCCGGCUUUCGCCGUCGCUGCUACUGGCUACUCAAACAUCCUCGAAUCGUCUUGGUCCACUACCUGCAAACAGGCAAAACCCCUGACACGGUUCGUCUCAAGAGUGAACUUUACUCGCCCGCGUCCUCGACACGGCACUUUAGCAUGGGUUUGAGGGCUUGUCCAGGCAUUGUCUGUGGGGAAUACCGUGGGUGUGCUCGCUGGUUAUAA